AUGAAAUUUUUCAAAAAUAAUAAUAAUAGGGGUUUCUUUUGUACUGCUCGGAAAAGAAAGUCAGAAAUUGUCCUAGAUCUAAACGCUGCAUCUCCUUCACAUAAUUUGGAAAGCCCUCUCUUUGAAUCUACUUCUAAACAAGAAAGUGCUGAAGCCACUGAAAUUAAUUUUAAAGAAGUAAAAAUAAAUUCAGAUUCCUCUGAUACCUGCGGUAAUUCUGAUGAUGGAAAAAUCAGUAAGCAUCUGUCUCUGUGCAAACAUGAUAAAGCUCCUAGAGAAAGAACCAGUGGUAUGAAAGAAUCCUCCAAAAUGAAAUUCUAUGGACAAUUGGACCUAGAAAACAGUAGCGUUGAGUCUAGUGGAGAAGAUCAUAGUGAUAGGUCCAUACCGCCUAUUAAUAAGAAUAUCGACCAUGGUGGUAGUGGUACUAAUAGAGAAGGAAUUUGCUUCAACUAUAAUCUAGACAAUUUUUUGGGGAAAAGGAAAAGCUCUCCUAAAAUUGUAACAAAUAUUUCAAAAGCAGGUUGUAAAGUUAGCGCAACCACUAAAUCAGCAAUGUUAAAAAUUUUCCCCGGAUUUACAUCACCUCGAUCCACUAGGCAUCAGUAUGGUACAGUUUGGACUACUGCAAGUGCUUCUAAAGUGCAUCGUUUAGAUGUUGGCGGCAAUGAACCUCCUACUUUUGAAAGUUUGUCUAGUUCAGCUCAUGAGAAAACAAAAAAGCUUAUUCUUUCUCCAGGAAGGCGAUUGACUUGCAAGGGGACCAAUUCCAAAUUUGGAACUAACGUUGGAUCUGAACCCACUAUUAAAACAAAAGUCAAAAGAGUUAAACACAAACAUCAGAAGAAAACCGUCAGACAGAGAAAGGAAAGGCAGGAAAAUGUAGCAGAUCAAAUAUCCAAAAGUACUGAAUUGGUGCAUAUGCAACCGAAGAGUUCUUCUCAAAAGCAUCUAAAAAGAUCGACUCGGGAAGGGGAGACGUCAUUGCAGGAAAACAAGACGAAGGUCAAAGACGAAAACAUUAAAGAUGCAAAUUUGGAAAAAACGAUUAUUACUUUGUGGACACUGCAAAAUUGCGUACAGCAUCAAACUCAUUGUCAGAGCCCUAUUUAUCAACAAUUGUUACAAUUAAACAACCAGUCCUCUAGUAAAAGUACAUGUAGAAAAUCUUCGAAACUAAAACCUAGAGCCUGGGGUUUUAAAAGCAUUGAGCUGGAUGGAACAUUUUCAGUAUUUCUGUAUUGA